AUGUUGCUUAUUCUGACUAAGGAGAAAUCUCAGGGAUAUCUAUUCCGAUCAGUUCUUAAGUGCAUACCAUAUCUGAUUGAAGAAGUAGGCCGAAGUGAUAAAAUUACUGAAAUAAUUCCUCAACAUGGCAUCAGUAUUGAUCCUGGAGUUCGAGAAGAAGCUGUCCAAGUACUCAAUCGCAUUGUGAGGUAUCUUCCCCAUCGCCGUUUUGCAGUAAUGAGAGGGAUGGCAAAUUUUAUUUUGCGUCUCCCAGAUGAGUUCCCUCUUCUUAUUCAAACAUCACUAGGGCGCCUUCUGGAACUCAUGCGGUUCUGGAGAGCUUGUCUGGCUGAUGAUAAGUUUGAAUCUGAUACCAUGGAUGUCAAACGUCUCCAGAGAAAUGAAGGACUCAAAAAGUCUUCUUUCCAUCAACCUCAAGAAGCAAUUGAAUUUCGUGCUUCAGAGAUAGAUGCAGUUGGUCUUAUAUUCUUAAGUUCUGUUGAUAGCCAGAUCAGGCACACGGCAUUGGAGUUGCUUCGUUGUGUUAGAGCUUUACGAAAUGAUAUACGAGAGCUUUCAGUAGUUGAGCGAUCAGAUCAUUUGUUGAAAAAGGAUGCUGAGCCAAUAUUUUUAAUUGAUGUUUUAGAAGAAAAUGGGGAUGAUAUUGUGCAGAGCUGUUACUGGGAUUCUGGACGGCCUUUUGAUUUGAGACGAGAAUCUGAUGCUGUGCCUCCUGAUGUCACUCUCCAGUCCAUACUAUUUGAGAGCCCUGACAAGAACAGAUGGGCUCAUUGCCUGAGCGAGCUUGUGAAGUAUGCUGCUGAGCUUUGUCCAAGUUCUGUUCAGGAAGCUAAGUAAGUAUACUGCUAUAUUGUUCACCAUCUUUAUUCUGGAAAUGUAUGCAAU